AAGCGGCGCUAGGACCCAGGGGACGUGUUCUCAUUCUAACAAGGCACCAUGCAAUUUGCAUGCGUUUAUUCUGCAAGGCAAACAGUGGUGUAUGAGUGAAACCUAAACCCCCGGAAGAUCGAGGAACAGACUCGCAGACACGCUUAUUGGUGUAGGAUCACUAUAGUGAUGGGAAGCUUCCAGUCUUUGCCGGAUGACCAUCAAUAUCGAACCCUGUCACAGAAGACAGGCUUUUCACUGGAGCAGAUCGCAAUUCUCCACAAUCGUUUUAAGCAGCUCAGCCAAAACGAGGAAACAUUAUGGAGAGAUGACCUUAAAACAAUCCAAGACCUGGAAAGCAACCCAAUUCGGUACCAGAUUAUAGAAGCUUUCUUCGAUAGAAGGAACUUCCAGAAAGAUGGUGUGGGAUCUGUGGAAGAAAUUGGUUUUGAGGAAUUCCUUACCGUCAUGUCGUACUUCAGAGCACCAGCCCAUCGUAUCACAGAGGAGCAGAGAGAAGAAAUGAGAAGAGCCAAACUGCGCUUCUUGUUCAACAUGCAUGACACCGACAAUGAUGGAACCAUAACACUGGAGGAAUACAGACAUGUUGUAGAGGAGUUGUUGUCCCGUAGUGGAGCUCUUGGAAGAGAGACAACUAAGGGCAUUGCAGAUGCUGCAAUGCUGGAGGUUGCCAGUAUCUCAGUAGGUCCCAUGGCACCUGAUGAGUUCUAUGAAGGAAUAACAUUUGAGCAUUUUUUGAAGAUUCUUAAAGGAACUGAAAUUGAGACGAGAAUGCACAUUCGCUUCUUAAACAUGGACACAACUGUUUUGUGCAAGCAGCGUUGUGUCUAGGUACUGCCGACGUGCCACUCCCUUGGUUUGCUAGUAAGCAGGCACCGCUACAAAACCCCCAUCUGUGCUUCUACAGAAAUCAGCUUUUCAGACAUCAGGAAGUUUGAUGCAGUGUCUCAUAUCAAACAUCACCAGGGUUGUUUGCUACAGAUGUUUUGCAGCUUCAGGACAGAUGUUUCCAGGGCCAUUCAGCUG